AUGAUCCCUUCGUGGCUUUCUGUUUCGGCUCUUGCCUUUCUUUCCACCAUCGCUGCUCUGCAGUUACCCGAUUACCGGGGCUUAAAGACAAGUCAAAAAUCGGGCGUCCUUGAAAUCACCCUCCAUAACCGGGAUUCCGCCAUUAAUCUCUGGAAUGAAGACUUCCAGUCCGGCUUGACGGAUGUCGUCCAAAAGCUUCAAUUCGAUAACGAAACCAAGGUCGUGGUCUUCAAAAGCGACGUCCCAAAGUUUUUCUGUGCUCAUUUGGAUCUCCUCAUGCCAGGCGUCGCCACGAUCGCGGACCGUUUUGUUGAACUAAUGUUCAACAUUUCGAACCUGCCCCAGGUCACUAUUGGCGUCGUAGAGGGCAGAGCCCGCGGGGCAGGCAACGAAUUCUUGAUGGCGCUCGACAUGCGCUUCGCAACUACAUCUGAGACUUUGUUCGGGCAAAUUGAGGUCGCUACGGGUCUCAUCCCAGGUGGUGGAGGAAGUCAACACCUCGCUCGGCUGAUUGGACGUGGCCUGGCUAUGGAGUACAUUCUCAGUUCAAACGACAUCAACGCUGAGGAGGCCCAGAGAAUCGGCUGGAUCAACAAAGCCUUCAAGUCGUCCAAAGCCAUGCACUCCUACGUUGACGGGCUCACUUCGCGCCUGCGCCUGUUCCCUUCUGCCGCAUUGGCUGCAGCUAAACAAUCAAUCAACCGGUCAGUCCGCCCUUCACUCGAAGACCUGAGAGCCGACGGCGCCGCCUUCUCUCAACGAAUCGCCGAUCCAGUUGCACAAGGGCUGAUCGGCCGAGCGCUUAAUAUCUCCAACAAUCUGUCUCUGGGCCCGGUGGAGCUCAACUUGGGCAGAGAUCUGCCUCUUAUGUACCAGUAA